ACACGUGUCGAAACAGUAUUGGUCACCACAUCGUGGCGAUUUCUUCCCUAUUCCUCCAUAGGAGAUUAAAAAAAAGAAACAAAGGUAGGGCCAAAUCUGAACUCUCUUCCGCCGUCUAAACAGCCCAGCUCUCAUUCUUAACUCCCCCACGAGGGAUUCUCAUUGUCAUCUCCUUUUAAGCCUGUCUAUUUCUGAGUGCUCGAUUCAGUUUGAAGACUCCCGAUCUGUACAGAUCUGCUCUGAACUCCUCAUCUUUUAGGGAGUCAAUAAUGGGAGGAGGAUUUAGAGUGUUGCAUCUGGUCAGACCGUUCCUUUCGUUUCUGCCGGAGGUGCAGAGUGCCGACAGGAAAGUGCCUUUCAGAGAGAAGGUCAUUUACACUGUGAUCUCUCUGUUCAUCUUUUUGGUUUGCAGUCAGCUUCCACUUUAUGGCAUACAUUCUACCACCGGUGCUGAUCCGUUCUAUUGGAUGCGUGUUAUCCUUGCUUCGAACCGUGGAACUGUUAUGGAACUUGGCAUUACCCCCAUUGUCACAUCUGGAUUGGUGAUGCAACUCUUGGCUGGUUCUAAGAUUAUUGAAGUGGACAACAGUGUCCGUGAGGAUCGUGCGCUGUUAAAUGGUGCUCAAAAGUUGUUGGGCAUUCUUAUUGCUGUUGGUGAGGCUGUGGCAUAUGUACUAUCUGGUAUGUAUGGCAGUGUUAGUCAACUUGGUGUUGGGAAUGCAAUUCUCAUCAUCAUUCAGCUAUGCUUUGCUGGAAUUAUUGUUAUUUGCCUUGAUGAACUUCUCCAGAAGGGAUAUGGUCUAGGAUCUGGGAUUUCCCUUUUCAUUGCCACCAAUAUCUGUGAGAACAUUAUUUGGAAAGCAUUUAGCCCUACAACCAUCAACAGUGGUCGGGGGGCUGAAUUUGAAGGUGCUGUUAUUGCCUUGUUCCAUCUACUGAUAACAAGGACAGACAAAGUUCGAGCACUUCGCGAGGCAUUCUAUAGACAAAAUCUUCCAAAUGUUACUAAUUUGCUUGCUACCGUGUUGAUCUUCCUUAUCGUCAUAUACUUCCAAGGUUUCCGUGUUGUUUUGCCUGUCAGAUCAAAGAAUGCCCGUGGACAACAAGGGUCAUAUCCAAUUAAGCUUUUCUAUACCUCCAACAUGCCCAUCAUUCUUCAGUCUGCCCUUGUUUCAAAUCUUUAUUUUAUCUCCCAGUUGCUGUACAGGAAGUACAGUGGAAAUUUCUUUGUGAAUCUGUUGGGGAAGUGGAAGGAAUCUGAAUACUCUGGUGGCCAGUUUAUUCCUGUUGGUGGUCUAGCUUACUAUGUUACUGCCCCAGCAAGUUUGGCAGACAUGGCAGCUAAUCCAUUCCAUGCUCUAUUUUAUCUUGUGUUUAUGCUCUCGGCAUGUGCAUUGUUCUCAAAAACUUGGAUUGAAGUGUCUGGGUCUUCUGCAAAAGAUGUCGCUAAGCAGCUCAAGGAACAACAAAUGGUGAUGCCUGGACACAGAGAUUCAAAUCUACAGAAGGAACUGAACCGCUACAUACCUACUGCAGCUGCUUUUGGAGGAAUGUGCAUUGGUGCAUUAACAGUCUUGGCGGAUUUCAUGGGAGCAAUUGGCUCAGGGACGGGAAUAUUGCUUGCAGUUACCAUAAUCUAUCAGUACUUUGAGACCUUCGAGAAAGAGAGAGCCAGUGAACUUGGCUUCUUUGGCUUUUAAGCUCUAGCUGCCUCUUUUAGGGAAAUGGUAGGUGGUGCUAAUGCGUGUAAUGGCAGUUUUGUUAAACUCGAGGAUGCAAGUAGGUUCCACCUUGUUAACACCCCAAUGCUAGAGAUUGAGAUCAAGAGAACAGUUCGACAAUAUUUACUCACUUGUUAUCCCCGUUAUAGACUUACGCAUGUUAAACAGCACACAGGCAGAGAAAUUGUUAUUAUUAGAAGUUGGAAACCUUGUUUUUGCUAUUUCUUGCUUUGCAAUGAUUACAUUAUCAGUUACGGCUCUUGAAUUGAAGGUACCAUUUUCUACGGCACUACUAAAAUCUUUUGAGAUAU